AAAAUUAAUCAAUAUCUCAAAUAAUAUGAACUCAUUAUAUACUACUAUCUUUUAUUUAUCGAUACAUUGGUAUUUCUAUCACUGUCUACUACUAGACAACCCGUGCGAUAUACUGGCACCCAAUGGCCAGUUCACUGGUAUCGGUGUCCAUCAUCAGUGGUCACUGGACAAAAUCUAUGCCAAUCACUACAACGAUGUCUAUAUUAUGUAUAGAAACGGUCGGCUAUUCUGGUUUAACGUAACUUUUUCGGACAAUAAUGAUGAACCAGUCAUCCGAUUGGUAAUGAAUAAGACUGAUAGGUAUCCGAUAUCGACAAUCAAAUGGUUUAGUCCUAAAGAUAUCAUAAAUCAAACGUAUAAUUCGUAUAAUUGUUUCAAUGAAUAUAAAGACAACCAAAACAAGUCAAUCAAAACAGUCUGUAUGGAUGCCAACAAUACAACGAAAGUCUAUAAUAAAGACUACGAUCCGAAUGACCUAAUGUUCAGUCCCGUACCGGCCGCCCGAUCAACCUAUGUCUAUCUGGUCAGCCCAAUAGUAUAUCCGUCGGUAAAUACAUCGUCGGUAAGCAUCAAAUACUAUUACGUCCAGUCGGACGUGAUUUUCGAUCACAAAGACUGCGAUCAAUUGGACUGUCAGAUACCGACAUUUGUCUUUGAUAUCGACCCGAAGCUAUGGUCGGCCAUCGAUGGUAUUGUUGGCUAUAAUUACGGUAACAAUCGCAAGGGUUGGAUAUUGUUUUUCAAACUAAACUCUAAGCCCUAUUAUUGUUGGACACCGUUAGGUCAGCGCUUGUCCGAACAGUGUAAAAAUGAAAUCAAUUUUCUUAAGUAUGGCACUGAAUGUGACAGUAUUUGGUCCGAUAAUAAUAGCAAUAAUACUAAUACUACUACUGAUAAUACCAUACAAACAACGACAACAACAAUCAAAAUGACUUCAACAACAAUACCGAUGACAUCAUCAUCAGCAACAACUACAACAACAUUGAUGCCUAUCAGUAGUAGUAGUAGUAGUACUAAAGGACAGUCGUCUACAACAUUGUCAAACAAUCAAACAGAUAAUAUUGUAACUGUUGAACAACCAAAUGAUAUAUGGUUUAACAUAUUGGUGGCCAUUGUUGUCGGGUGUCUCAUAUUAACCAUCGGUAUUAUUGUUGCGAUAGUUAUUAUAUGCUUACACCGAAAUAAUAAGCUUAAAACCAAAUACAAUGAAACCAAUUUAAAUAAAUCAGAAAGACUGCCGGCAGAAAUUCGUAGUAAAGUCGGCCAAAUGGACACCGAUUGGGCGGUUCGGGUCGGAUCGAUAUCUACCGAAACAAUCAAUACUAAAAAAUCGAUGUCAACUAAUCAAACCAAUAAGUCUACGAUCGAUAUAUCGAGAAAAUCGGUUAUUAAUAAUUGAUUAAAUUAGG